AUGUGUGAUAGCCCAUUGAGCAAAAGACAGAAGCGGAAGGCCGUUGAAGAACCAGAAUUAUCUCUCGAUGAUAGUGACGCCACACAAGAACUGCAGGCAGAGAAGCAAGCUGAUCGUUCUGAAAAGACACCAGAUCCAAAUUCACCUGCGUUAGAAACUUCAUAUGCCAAAUCUCACACGCCCAGAAAGCUUGUUUUAAGCUCCGGCGAGAAUCGAUACGCCUUUUCUCAACCUACAAACUCAGCAACGACGUCACUACAUGUACCGAAUUUGCAGCCACCAGGAACGUCUUCUAGGGGUCGCGACUAUAAGGCAUACUCUCAAUCGCCGCCCAGGUCUCCAGGAAGAUCACCAACUAGGAGAUUGGAACUACUCCAGCUUUCGCCUGUGAAAAAUAGCAGAGUUGAAUUGCAAAAACUAUAUAAUAGCCACCAAUCAUCGACCAAGCAGCAGGGCAGGCUAUUUAUUAAUGAAUUGGUCUUGGAGAAUUUCAAGUCCUAUGCUGGUAGGCAAGUGGUAGGUCCCUUUCAUACUAGCUUUUCGGCAGUAGUAGGUCCCAAUGGUUCAGGUAAAUCGAAUGUCAUCGAUUCCAUGUUAUUUGUGUUUGGUUUUAGGGCGAAUAAGAUGAGGCAGGACAGAUUGUCUGACCUAAUCCAUAAGUCGGAAGCUUUUCCAAAUCUACAAUCAUGUUCUGUAGCAGUGCAUUUUGAGUACGUUAUUGAUGAAUCCUCAGGUACUUCUCGAAUCGAUGAAGAAAAACCUGGAUUAGUUAUCACAAGAAAAGCAUUCAAAAACAAUUCAUCGAAGUACUAUAUAAAUGGAAAGGAAAGCAGCUAUACGGAGGUAACAAAGCUUUUGAAAAACGAAGGUAUUGAUUUAGAUCAUAAAAGAUUUUUAAUUCUGCAAGGUGAAGUGGAAAAUAUUGCUCAAAUGAAGCCCAAAGCUGAGAAGGAGAGUGAUGACGGAUUACUGGAAUAUCUAGAGGACAUAAUUGGAACAGCAAACUAUAAACCGCUGAUCGAGGAGCAAAUGAACCAAAUUGAGGCUUUAAAUGAAGUAUGCCUUGAAAAGGAAAAUAGAUUUGAAAUUGUUGAUAGAGAAAAAAAUUCAUUAGAGUCAGGAAAAGAAACUGCAUUAGAAUUUUUAGCAAAAGAAAAGCAGCUAACGCUUUUGAAAUCAAAAUUAUUUCAAUUUAAGGUGUUGCAAAGUAACUCUAAACUUGCCAGCACCUUAGAGAAGAUUUCUUCCCUAAAUAAAGACUUCGAGACUGAAAAAGUAAAAUUUCAAGAGUCGCUGAAAAAAGUGGAAGAGGUUAAAACUCAACGUAAAGAAAUCAAAGACCGAAUAUCAUCUAAUGAUUCUAGAGAAAAGGAUCUUGUAUUAGAAAGAAGGGAAUUAGAAGGCACCAGAGUUUCUUUGGAAGAGAGAACAAAAAAUCUGGCUAAUAAAAUUGAAAAAUCAGAAAGGACUUCAAAGUGCACCAAACGUUCAAUAUCUGAAGCCGAACAUACGCUUAAAGAGCUUCAUACACAGCAAACUGAACAUGAGUCAGAGAUAAAAGAUUUGAAUCAAUUGUUGGAGGAGGAACGAAGUGUACUUGAUGAAAUCAAACUAUCUCUAAAGGAUAAAACCAAGGAUAUCUCUACAGAGAUUAUUCAGCAUGAAAAGGAAUUAGAACCUUGGGAUCUUCAACUUCAGGAAAAGGAAUCACAGAUACAAUUAGCUGAGUCUGAGCUCUCUUUACUAGAGGAAACACAAUCCAAACUGAAAAAGAAUGUUGAAACCAUGGAGGAAAAAAUUCUUGCAAGAAAGGCACACAAGCAGGAGCUACAGGAUCUUAUUCUCAAUCUGAAAAAGAAGUUGUCAUCACUCAGAGAUGAAAGAUCGCAAGGUGAAGAGAAUUUUAGUUCUGCUCAUCUCAAGUUGGAAGAAAUGCAAAAGGUUCUGAACACCCACCGCCAACGUGCAAUGGAGGCUCGAUCCUCUUUAUCAGAAGCUCAAAAUAAAAGCAAAGUUUUAACGGCCCUAUCGAAAUUACAGAAGUCAGGACGUAUAAAUGGAUUCCACGGACGUCUAGGGGAUCUAGGUAUCAUUGACAAUAGUUUUGAUGUGGCUAUUUCUACAGCGUGUCCAAGAUUGGAUGAUGUUGUUGUCGAUACUGUAGAAUGUGCGCAGCAAUGCAUUGAUUACUUAAGAAAAAACAAACUUGGUUACGCAAGAUUUAUCCUCUUGGAUAGAUUACGUCAAUUCAAUUUACAACCUAUCAGUACACCAGAGAAUGUACCAAGGCUAUUCGAUUUAGUUAAGCCCAAGGACCCAAAGUUCUCGAAUGCGUUCUACAGUGUUCUUAGAGACACUUUAGUUGCUCGGAGUUUAAAGCAGGCCAAUAAUGUUGCCUAUGGAAGGAAACGAUUUAGAGUAGUCACUAUAGAUGGUAAACUAAUUGAUAUCUCAGGUACAAUAAGUGGUGGUGGUAACCAUGUAUCAAAAGGUCUCAUGAGAUUAGGCACGAAUCAGUCAAACAAGAUAGAUGAUUAUACACCCGAAGAAGUAAAUAAAAUUGAGCAUGAACUAUCCGAAAGAGAAAAUAACUUCCGUGUGGCGAACGAUACGGUCCACGAAAUGGAGGCUGAACUGAAAAAUUUAAGAGAUCAAGAACCAGCGAUUGAAUCUAAAAUAUCAAAGACCGAAAUGGAAGCUGAUUCCAUAACGAGUGAAUUGACACUAGCAGAACAACAAGUGAAGGAAGCGAGAAUAGCAUACCAUAACGCACUAAGUGAUAAAGCGCAAGUGAACAUGAUAAUGAAGAAUUUAGAACGUUUAAAAGGUGAACAUGAUGACUUGCAAUCAGAAACAAAAACUAAAAAAGAAAAGAUCAAGGUCUUGCAAGGAGAAAUUAUGAAAAUCGGUGGUACCAAACUGCAGAUGCAAAAUUCAAAAGUUGGAUCGCUUUGUCAAAGGUUAGAUAUUCUAGUCGCCAAACUUAAGAAAGUUAAGUCCGGCAUAAAGAAGUCGGAAGGAGAUGUCCUAAAAUUCCAGAAACAGCUCAAAAACUCCGAAAGAGAUGUUGAAUUAUCAUCAAAUGAAUUAAAAGCGAUUGAAGAAAAACUGAAGCAUACAAAACUGGAUUUGUCAGAAAAUGACAUCAAAAUGACUGAAACGUUCAACUUAAGAAGCGAAUUAAAAGAGGAAAGCGAACAACUGAAGGAAAUGGUAGCCGAAACGGAAGAAAAUAUUGAUGAAUUCAAAUCCUUAGAGAUUGAAAUGAAGAACAAGUUGGAAAAAUUGAAUUCUUUAUUGAUGCACAUCAAAAAAGAAAUAAACCAACAGGAGAAAGGAUUGAGCGAACUCUCCAUUAGAGAUGUGACACAUACACUAGAAAUUCUCGACAAUAAUACUAUGGACAUCGUCAAGACAGAUAACAAAAUAGAGCAGGCAGUAGUCAAGGAAAAAAGGUCUAGCGAAACUCAAGAUGAAAAAAACAUACAGGAAGAAGAGAGGACUUGUGAUGAUCACCAUUCUAUGGACAUUGAUGAAACUUCGAAUGAGGUGAUUAGAGGAAUACCAAGGUUUUCUGAAGAGGAGCUAAAGGAGUUGGAUAUAGAACUACUUGAAAAGGAAAUUAGCGAACUGUCUUACUAUAUUGAUGAGACAAAUGUCGAUAUUGGAGUUUUGGAAGAGUAUGCUAGACGUUUAGCCGAAUUUAAAAGAAGGAAGCUCGAUCUAAAUCAAGCUGUUCAAAAAAGAGAUGAAGUAAAGGGACAAGUAGAGGUCCUUAAAAAGAAAAGGUUCGAUGAGUUUAUGACUGGCUUCAAUAUCAUAUCAAUGACCUUGAAAGAAAUGUACCAAAUGAUCACUAUGGGGGGAAAUGCUGAAUUAGAACUUGUAGACAGUCUAGAUCCUUUUUCGGAAGGUGUCACAUUUAGUGUUAUGCCUCCUAAAAAGAGCUGGAGAAAUAUUACAAAUCUUUCAGGUGGUGAAAAAACAUUAAGUUCUUUGGCUCUCGUUUUUGCUUUACACAAAUAUAAACCAACCCCCCUUUAUGUCAUGGAUGAAAUAGAUGCCGCCUUGGAUUUCAGAAAUGUCUCAAUCGUAGCUAACUAUAUUAAAGAAAGAACCAAGAAUGCACAAUUCAUUGUUAUAUCGUUGAGGAAUAACAUGUUUGAGUUAGCACAACAAUUAGUUGGUAUUUACAAAAGAGAUAAUAGAACCAGAAGUACCACGGUAAAAAAUAUAGAUAUCUUAAAUAGAACCUAG